AUGCCUUCUCAAGAAGAACCAAACGAAGAUGAAACUGCCCUACAACAUCUCAAAGUCAAAGGCCUCUAUCCGAGAGGACCUUUCUCCCUGGAAUUUCCUGGUCUCCAACCAACUUUGGCGCAAAGGCGCCAAUACAUGAGAGCCUUUUUCCAGUGGCAUUUCUAUUGUGCCGAUCCUGAGGAACACGAGCGCAAACUGCGCGAACUUGCAGAGCUGAAGCUCGCCAACGUACUCAUAGAGGAUGGCAUCAUCAGUGUUUCGGCACCUGACUUUGAGUACGGCGUCGACGAAGAAGUUUGGGAUUCGUGGUUUAAAUACUGUCCCGAGGAUUCAUUGCCUCUCUGGCCAUGGCCAUGGCCCUUUCCCGACCCUCAAGACGAUGACCCCGAUUCCAGCAAAUUCGCGGACCUGCUGGCCAAGUACAAAAGAGAAGGGACAUUACUCCCACCGACCAUGCAACCCACGAAUUUCGAGGCUGUGGAAAUUCUGUCGAGCAAGAUUGUUGAUCCCACUGACGAGUCUGGGCAAACGACAAAUGCUGUCCAGAGCGCAAAACCAGUUGCUCCGAGCCCCUUGCCAUCUACCACACCAGCUCGACCACCAGCCACGAAAGAGACAAUACCUUUCACGAACCGAUCUCGACAUGAUGACGAUAGUGCCUCAACGAAAAAGCUUUGCAUAGGGAGGGGUGUAAGAAACUCUUUGCAAGAAGCGACUGCCGCCAGAACGCCAGACGUCAAGCCCGUUGUGGACGCACCUGUCCUUGAGCCUCGACAAGCUCGGAUGGCCGGAGGAGAGAAAGGAUCAUUCGCAUCGACCAUGACCGGGAAAACGAACGAUGCUACUUCAGGUAUAGAGUCCUCCUUUUUUGCGCCAGGAACGACAAUUGCACGUGCCGUGGUUGCAGCUGCUCCUGCGAACAUUUUGAAUCCUGCUGCAAUCCAGCCUUCUCCGGCGGUCCCAGCAGUAGCCACCGUGCGACUUUCAACGCGACCAGAGACUGAGCAGACGGGAAGCAUGGAUCUUUCGGAGAUGGCAGACGCAAUGCCACCAACCUCUGUCAAGGCUACACUGUUCGAAGGAAAGCUAUUCCCCUGUCCUUGCACACCGCCCGAUCUGGGCCUCAGAACGCUGCUGUGGGAAAACAACCUUCCUGGACUACAGCCGCCUUACCAAGAACCCUUCAAGCUGUCUCUCCCUGUCGACUUCGGCUUCUGGUCUCUUGUUUGGGGUCCAAAUGGCAAGGAUUGGUCCAGAAUCCAGCGGGAGUUCGUCGAUGAUCGCGUAUGUCUGGCAUGGGGAUACGAAGAACACUACGUGGGAACCACAAGGAAGGUCAAUGGAACUUUGGAAGAUCAGCACCUGCCCAAUGUCAUGCAAUGGCUAUCCGUGGGCCUCAUGACCAAGGCCAGCCGGGACAAAGACGGCUUUUUCAAGACCAUUACACUGCCGACCCAAAACUUGGCCAUCAAGCUAUGGGCUAUCUUGAAUAGGUGGAUGGAGGAGUGUCUCUCUGGUCAUUUGACCACGCUUCAUGAUUAUCUCCAGCGUAUCCAGAGGAGCGACAUCAAAACAGGCAGGGUUGCCAAAGCAAGUACCACCUUGCCAUCUAGCUUCGUAGCACGGCGGGCUUGGUUCACAAGUGAAAGAGAUGCCGCGAAGCAAAACAUCAAUGCCAUCCUCAACAGUGAUCGUUCAGUAUUUGGGAACGUCAAAUCGCUCCUGGAGACCUGGGUCGAUUCUUGCAAGGAAGGAUUCGCCAUGAGUCGCCACGAGCGCGUUGAAUUGGCAGAAAAUGUGUGGCUCUCCAGAGUAGUCAAUCUCACCAUCCGCGGAAGAAUCAUGGACUGGGCGGCUGAUCUGAAGGAGAAGCCCCUUCUGUGA